CAAAUGACAGUUGAAUUGACAUAAGGAUAACCUAUAAAUUUUCCGUAUCGAAUCUGAUACAAAGUACAAUAAAUUAAGACGUUAGUUUUACAAUAAAAAAUCCUAGACAUGAGCGAUUUGUCUGACUUUGGAAGUUCGAAACCUGGAGACUCCGAACUCCAAGAUUUUCUCAUGGUAGAAAAACAGAAAGCUCAGUUCCAUGCUCAGAUACACGAGUUCAACGACUUCUGCUGGGACAAGUGCGUGGACAAGCCAGGUGCCAAGCUGGACAGCCGGACAGAGACUUGCAUCACCAACUGUGUGGAGCGCUUUAUUGACGUAUCUCUCCUCAUCACGAACAGAUUUGCACAGAUGCUGGAAAAGGGAGGCGGCAUGCACUGACCUACUUCUCAAACUCAUUAAUUUACAAUAUUGACAGUGUAGUUUAGGUCUUGAGAUGAUGUAACAUGUCGAAAAAUGUUUGUUAUUGUUAAACAUUGAUUUCUUAUAAUCGGAUUUUUGCCAUAAUUUUUUAAUGUACUUAGGCAAUGGUAAUGUUUAUGGCAUUAACAGAUUGUGCAUUUAUAGAAGUUCAUGGAAUUAACCUUUUGAGUGCCGCCAAAAUAUUGUAUGUAUGUAACCCUCAAAAGUGCGAAUGAUACUCUUCUUGAACGUAGUUGAAACCACUCUAGGUACAAUUGGCAGUAGAAGAUAAGUUAUGGCUACUGCCAAAUGCACUAUCAGUAGUAAACACAGUGUUUGAAAGGUUAUAAUUUAUUUCAUUGCAUUGUUAUGCUUGGUACAGUUAAAUAUAUACCUGUUACCAUAAGUUAUGGUUUAAUUAAAUAAAACAUUCAUUUCU